AUGGCCACAUCAAGCACCCUCACGCAAAUCGACAUGUGCAUGCAGGGCUUGGAUGAGGACACCAACUUCCAGCAGGCGCUGAAGACGGCGUAUGGCAAGCGUGCAGAUUUGAGGACCGCAUAUGGUGCUGCCGUGAGCGGUGGGGCGCCGAUGAGCCAGCGCCUGGCCACCGCAUCUGGCCGUGGCAUGACUGGGCGCGGCAUGACGGCACGUGGCAAGACGGGUCGCAUCUCCACCGCCCGUCUCACCACGGGAUACGCUGCAGAGGGGGAAGGCGGUGAGCCGCGCAAGAUCAAAGCUGUGGAGGCCGUGGGCUUUGUCAGCAGCAGAGGCAACAGCGCGCAGCCGUUUGACCCAUCGCGGUCUGUCGGGUCUGCGAAGCCGCUGGAGAAGGCGGAGGACAGCAGCGAGGAGGCGGCACUGCGCGUAUUGGAAGAUAAAGUGCAUCGCCUGCUCGAGGAAAGCGCAGAGGCAAUCGCACAGAAGGAUUUCCAAAAGGCGCUUGAGAAGGCAAAGGCCGCGGGGGUGCACGAGCGGGAGUUGACACGGAAGAAAGAGGCGCAACUCGGACCCGAACAGAUCAACCUCGACCUCACAUUCGCAGUGCUUGUGCAUCUUGCGUAUGUGCAGGAGCAGUGCGAGAUGUACCCCGAGGCCAUCAACACGCUGCUGGUGCUGGUGAAGAACAAGACGUUUGACCGCGCUGGGCGGCUGCGCGUGAACAUCGGCAACAUUUACUUCAAGCAGCAGAAGUACCUGCAGGCUGUCAAGCAAUACCGCAUGGCCCUCGACCAGAUCCCGAGCGUGCAGCAGGAGAUGAGGAGCGCUGUGCUGAAGAACAUUGGGCAGGCGUUUAUCCGCAUGGGCCAGUAUGGUGACGCCAUGAAGACCUUUGAGCACGUGCUUGAGGAGACGCCACCUGGUGACGACUUUGACUCGGCCCUCAACUGCCUGCUGUGCUACUUUGGACUCGGCGACCGGGAGAAGAUGAAGCGUGGGUUUGCGCGAUUGCUGUCACUGCAACUGCCGACGCACGAUGAGGACGAGCGGUACAUGAACAUCCACGAGGACGAGCAGGUGCAGAUUUACCUCGACGCGGUCCAAGACGACACGCUGCGGAAACACGAGCUCGCCACGAAGAAGAAGGCGGAGGAGUUUGUGCUCAAGGCCGCAAAGCUCAUUGCGCCAGUGAUUGAAAGCUCGUUUGCAGAGGGGUAUGACUGGUGCAUUGAGCGGGUGAAGGGGUCUGCGUUCAGCAGUCUCGCGUCUGAGCUGGAGAUCACCAAGGCCAUCACGUACUUGAAGCUGAAGGAUGUCAAGGCGGCAGCGAAGGUGCUCAAGUCGUUUGAGAAGAAGGAAUCAAACAUGCUCUCCACAGCCGCCACCAACCUCUCCUUCCUCUACAUCCUGGAGAACGACGUGAAGCAAGCCGAGCGGUAUGCGGACCUCGCCAUGGAUGCAGACAAGUACAACCACUGCGCGCUUGUGAACAAGGGCAACUGCGCGUUUAUGCGGAAGCGGCUGGAGGAAGCGCAGGAACUGUAUCAGGAGGCGCUCGCCAUCGACUCGUCGUGUUCAGAGGCCCUCUUCAACCUCGGCCUGGUGCACCGCGACCUGGGCAACCUGGAGGACGCGCUGGAGUACUUCCACCGCGUGAACUUGCUCGUGCCAGACACGCCCGAGGUGGUCGCCGCAAUCGCCGCCCUCAACGAACAGCUCGACGACACGGACCAGGCGUGCGAGUGGUACAACACCCUCAUUUCCCUCGUGCCGUCAGAUCCCAAUGCGCUGGCGCACCUCGGCGACAUGUUUGACCGGCUCGACGACAAGAGUCAGGCCUUCCAGUACCACUUUGAGGGGUUUCGCUAUUUUCCGGCCGAAAUCAACACCAUCUCGUGGUUUGGGUCGUAUUACAUCGACUCGCAAUACAUCCAAAAGGCCAUCCAGUUCUUCCAACGCGCCGUCGAAAUCCAGCCCGGGGAGGUGAAGUGGCGGCUGAUGAUUGCCAGCUGCCACCGCAAGACAGGCAACUACCAGCGUGCACUCGAGACGUACAAGCGCAUCCACACGCUCUUCCCGGAGAACAUCGAAUGCCUCAAGUUCCUGAUCCGGCUGUGCACGGACAUGGGGCUGCCAGAGGUGCAGGACUACGCCGUUGCGCUGAAGAAGGCCGAGCAGGCCAAGGAGCGCCGCGAGCGUGCUGCGAGUGGUCGUGGGAGUGCGCGGCGCUCUGGGCGGCGCGGGAGUCGACAGGCGAGCGGGAAGCGGCAGCGGUCCGGCCACCGUGCACGCGAAGAGCGACGAAGUGGGCGCGAUAGUGCUCGCAGUGUCAUGUCCAGUGAUGACGACAGAGAUGGCAGAGGCACCGCUGAUUUUGGCGGGUCGACGCGCGGACCAACAGACUUCUCUGCAUCACUCAACCGCACGAACACGCUCGAUGCGAGCUACAAGGACCCCGUCGGUGCACUGCCGGUUCGGCCCAAGACCGCAGCAAGGAAGGCGGAUGAUGGCGAGGACUCGUUUGAACUCGAUGAAGACAUGCUGCCAGAGUAG